GACUCCCACCACGCCAAAUUAAGCCCCAGCGUCGCUUCCUCCGCGCCUAAUAUCAACAGACCGCCGCUUAAAAUAUUAUCUCUGGAGUGCAGUCAUUCUCAGUUUUAGCCCAGCUUUAGUUCUGCGCGCCUCGAAAAAUGGGCCUCUUGCUUGCGGACACCGUCCUGGCUGACACGGCCCUGCUCCUGCUGACGGCCCUUUAUCUUAUAUACUGGUAUGGAACCAGUACGUUUGACUACUGGAAGAAAAAAGGUGUGCCGGAGCUUGAGACCAAGGUGCCCUUUUUCGGCGCCGCCUUGGACUCGAUGUUGUUCAGAAAGCAGAUGAGUUUGCACUCGCAAGAGAUGUACAAUGAGCUGGACGGGAACAAGUACGGAGGAUUCUUUAGCAUGCGAAAACCGACACUAAUGGUGCGUGACCCUGAACUCCUCAAGCAGAUCAUGGUCAAGGAUUUCUCUAGCUUCACUGAUAACUUCAUACAAGUCAAUGCUAAAAAUGAUCCUAUGUUUGCCUACAAUAUAUUUUCAAUGAGGGGUGAGCAGUGGAAGUACGCUCGUUCCAAACUAGCGCCUGCUUUUGCGACAGGAAAAAUUCGCAACGUGUUCCCACUAAUUUUGGAAAUCUGCAACGACUUAAAAAAUCAUCUUCAACGCAAAAUUGAUUCUGACAAUUGUGAAUUUGAGGCGCACGGAUUGUCAAAAGACUAUACUACUGACGUAGUCGGAAGUUGCGCUUUUGGAAUCCACUGCAACUCUCUCACUAAUUCAGAUAAUGAUUUCCGCAAAAUGGGCAAAGAAAUCAUGAGCCCAUCUACAUUGCGCCGACAAAUCGAACUGACCAUUGCGUUCUCCUUUCCUUCGCUGGCCAGUGCCUUGGGAAUGAAAUUUGUUGCCCAGUUCGUGGAGGAUUUCUUCAGGGAUUUGAUUUUGAAAGCAUUUGCAUACAGGGAAAAGCACCCUGAGUUCAAACGAAACGAUUUCAUAAAUCUGCUUAUGCAACUUAAAAAAUUGGGAGAGGUUGAACAGGAUGAGCACGAUAAGAAGGAAAUUAACGGAAUGUUGGAAAAAAAUUUGAGCGAUAAAGGAAAAAUUGAUUUCAAUGAUACGGUGCUAACUGCCCAGGCAGUUGGAUUUUUCAUUGAUGGUUUCGAAACGUCAUCCCUGGCUUUGGCUUUCACCCUGCAUGAACUGGCCAUGAAUCAAGACAUUCAAACAAAACUGAGAGAGGAACUUCAAAAGUGUUUUGAAUCGUCUGAUGGAAAAAUCGAUUAUGACAAUAUCAGAGGAUGCACAUACUUGGAAAACGUUAUGCAUGAAACGUUGCGAAUUUAUUCUCCCGCCGGUAUGCUGACACGCAUGUGUACAAAGCGCUACAAAAUCCCAGACUCGGACGUCCACCUUGACGUCGGUGAUGUGGUCACAAUACCAGUGUACGCGCUUCACCACGACCCCAAAUAUUUCCCCGACCCGGAAGUGUUCGACCCUGACCGAUUCACGGAAGAGGCGAAAAAGACGCGGCCGGCGUUUUCAUACCUUCCCUUCGGCGAAGGCCCCAGACAGUGCAUCGGCUUUCGGUUCGCCCAGGCCCAAGUAAAAGCCGCCCUGGCCACCAUUGUUCUCAACUUCAAAGUGGAGCAGUCGGAAAAGACGAUUCACCCUGUCGUGUUCGACGAGAAGAAUUUCUUGCUCCACGCAAAGAAUGGCCUUCACUUGAAAAUUUCUCCCCUGUAAAUUUAAAAUUUAACGAAGGUAAUUUACUAGCUAAACCUAAUUCUUACAAUUUUAAUAUUUUAAAAGUAAAUUUAAUAGUGCUUAGUGAUGCAGCCCACGGUGCGAUUCUUGUGAAUAAAAUCACCAUUACAAUCAAUAAAUCCUCAACUCGCCCAUUUCAAUCGUUCGUAUCUCAUUAAAAAACACGCGGCAUCUAAUGCAUGUUAAAUCAAGCAGCUCAUAUAGGCCUAAUAAAAAUGCGCGCCUUUCUCUCCUGCAUAUUAAAAUUCGUUGAAGCUUUUUCACCGGAGCCAUAAUUCUCGGGUAGUGACAAGAAAACCCGUAAGCUGAUUAUUAUACUCCUAGCUUGUUCCUCUAUCCUAGGCACUUAUAAAACGAAUUCAACGCCAACACCUGCCUAGAUUACUUUGUGAAGUGACGAAAGAAUUAAAGCGCUACUUCUCCAUCAAGUUUGCGAUUUAUUCCAAACCGAAUCACGCGAAUAUUUUUCUUGAUUGAGUUUCCGUGUUGUUUCGUGGCAGAGAUAAAUAAACAAGCUUUACAUGCAUGGCGUGAUAUUCAA